GAACAUGCACCUUAUUUCCUAAGGAUAUUGGUGCAGCCCCAGAAUCUCAGCCUGCUGACAGGAAACCCAUGUGAUGCUGGCUACCUGGCUUGCUCUGCCUUCUCAUUGGCUUACACAGGGCUUUAUGUCAUAUUGCCACCUCCUUCUCCGAUAACCUGUCCUGAAGAGAGAAGCGCUGGAAGAUGAUGCUGUGUGUGCUCCUGUUGUCUUUUCUACCAGCCCCUCUGGUGUCAGGGACCCCCACUGAAUACCGAGAGGAUGCUGCCCCAGAAGGUUUCCAAGUGGUACGAUGGGAAUGGCAUACAGUGCAAGCUCCUUAUCUGGUGGCUGUGUGGAUACUGGUGGCAAGUCUGGCAAAGAUCGUAUUCCACCUUUCCAGAAAAGUGACCACAGUGGUUCCUGAGAGCUGCUUGCUAAUUAUCCUCGGUCUGGCCCUUGGUGGGAUUGUAUUGGCCAUAGCACAGAGGGCACAGUUCCAGCUGGAACCCAAUAUGUUCUUUCUCUUCCUUCUUCCUCCUAUUGUAUUGGAUUCUGGUUAUUUUAUGCCCAGCCGACUGUUCUUUGACAAUAUUGGUGCAAUUCUGAUGUAUGCUGUAGUGGGAACAAUUUGGAACUCCUUUGCCACUGGUGCCGCCCUAUGGGGAGUGAAAUUAGUUGGACUUAUGGAUUCGCAGGUCAAUGCUGGUCUAAUGGAUUUCUUGCUCUUCGGAAGCCUGAUUUCAGCUGUAGACCCUGUUGCAGUACUGGCUGUGUUUGAGGAAGUCCAUGUCAAUGAAACUUUAUUCAUUAUAGUUUUUGGAGAAUCUCUGUUGAAUGAUGCUGUGACUGUGGUUCUAUACAAAGUAUUUAACUCUUUUGUUGAAAUGGGCCCAGAAAACGUCAAGCCUAUGGAUUACCUUAAAGGUGUUGGUUCCUUCUUCGUGGUGAGUAUCGGUGGUACAGCCAUUGGUCUAGUGUUUGCUUUUCUACUAGCCCUUAUCACCAGAUUCACAAAGCGUGUCCGCAUCAUUGAGCCUCUUUUUAUCUUCCUUAUUGUCUACCUGGCCCACCUUACUGCAGAGAUGGUGUCACUCUCCUCCAUACUAGCAGUAACAUUCUGUGGCUUGUGCUGUAAGAAGUAUGUUGAAGCGAACAUCUCAAACAAGUCCAGGACCACUGUGAAAUACACAAUGAAAACUUUGGCAAGCAGCUCAGAGACCAUUAUUUUUAUCUUCCUUGGCAUAUCUGCAGUAGAUACUUCCAAAUGGAUGUGGGACACUGCUCUUGUCCUGUCUACACUUAUCUUCAUCCUAACUUUCAGAGCUGUUGGUGUUAUCCUACAGACCUGUGUUUUAAAUCGCUUUAGACUUCUUCCCCUGGACAAGAUUGACCAAGUUGUAAUGUCAUAUGGUGGCCUGCGAGGGGCAGUUGCUUUUGCAUUGGUGAUUCUUCUGGAUGGCUCCAAGGUUAAGGCAAAAGAUUAUUUUGUGGCAACAACUAUAGUGGUGGUGUUUUUCACUGUAAUGUUUCAGGGUCUGACCAUCAAGCCUCUGGUAAAAUGGCUUAAGGUAAAGAGAUGUGAUCACCACAAGCCAACUCUAAAUGAGGAGCUACAUGAACAUGCGUUUGAUCACAUAAUGGCUGCUGUUGAGGAUAUUGUAGGUCACCAUGGUUACCAUCACUGGAGAGACAAAUGGGAACAAUUUGAUAAGAAAUAUCUGAGCCAGUGGUUAAUGAGGAAAUCUGCUUAUCGGAUCAAAGAUGAAAUUUGGGAAGUCUGCUACAAACUCAAUAUUCGUGAUGCUCUAACUCUAGCAGAUCAGGGUGGCCAUAUUGUAUCACCUGACAGACUGUCUCUGCCAUCAAUGCCAAGUCGUGCUUCAAUGUCUGAGACCUCCGUGACUAAUCUCCUAAGAGAGAAUGGGAGUAAGGCAUGCUUGGAUCUGCAAGCCAUAGACACUGUAAGAAGUGGCAAAGACAAGGAAGAUGCUGUCAUGCAUCAUGUUCUACGUGGAAGCCUAUAUAAGACACGUCGUAGGUGCAAAGCACACUACAGCCGCCAUUUUAUGACCCCAGAUGAGCAAGCCCGGCAGGAAAAAGAGGUGUUUCAGCAAAAUAUGAAGCGACGACUGGAGUCAUUUAAGUCCACCAAACACAACAUCUGCUCAUCCAAGUCCCGUGCUAAAAAAGAUGGUCGCAAAAAGAGACGAAAUAGCUUGGAAGUGGAUCUAAGAAAUGGAAGAGAAAAUAAAAUUAGCUGGCAGAGCACUGCAUCUAUAGUGGUGACGGCUGAUUCUGAAGAAGAAAGUUCAAAUAUUGAAGUUGAAGAGGAUGAAGGCAUUACUUUUGUGGCUAGAGCUACAGAUGAGAUUCUUCAGGGUGUAAAAGCAUCAAGCAUGUUGGGAAUCUGUCAGAGUCCUCAUAUUGUGCCACCCUCCCCAACAUUGGCUGAGAAAGUGCUGCCAUGGAAAACAGAACCUGAUGAGAACACUGUCUGCAUUUCAUCCGAAUCAACCAAGAUUGUUCCUGUGGACCUGCAGAAGUCCUGGAAGCAGAGUAUUUCCUCCCUAGAGAGCAUUGGUUCCCCUCCUGUUCUAGAUAUGCCCCAAGAUGCAAGUGCAAAGUGCCUAAGGCAGGACGUUAGGAGCCCAUCAGUACUUCAGACGUUGCCAGAGACUUGUAGCUGUUUUCCAUUUUCUAACUCCACAGGACAAAACGUGACUGUGCAUUUGGACCCAAUGCCUGUUCAGGAACAAGAACUGCAACCUCUCAUGCCAAGAGGUGGUGGCACUAGCGUGAGCCCCUUAGCGUCUCGGCAUAGUCAUAGCAAAAGAUUGCUGCACCUGCACCGGCCUUCCAAAAUUUGACACAAUGAAUAGAAAAAGCUGUGACCUAAAGAAUGUUGCACUGAAAUUAUCAUCUUUUAUUUAUAUUGCAUUAAUAUAUUUGUGCAGCACUUUACAGGGCUUUAUCCUCAUUCACAUUGGUCCUAGCCUAAGCCUAGUGUAGCUUACAGUCUAAAGUCCCUAUCACGUUCACACAUACUAGGGUUAAUUUCAAGAGACAGUUAACCUGCCUGUAUGUAUUUGGUGUGUGGGAGGAAACCCACACGGACACAAAGAGGACAUACAUAUUCUACAUAGUCUGAAGAUAUUGCUAAGGUUAGAAGUGAACUCAGGCGCCACUAACCAUGCCACCUAUACUCAUCAUUGGAAGAUCAUAUUUGAGUUAAGCAUAGGAAGGUGGAAAAAGUCCUAACUGCAUUUACAGAUUGGGGAACAACAUUAUUUGCAUCUUAAUAUCCAGCAUUUCAUCCUCCUGUUUUCGGUAUUGCUGAGUGCCACCUGACAAGUUUUGCAUUAUAGCCGACAAAUUCUACAAUGUCACUUGUGAUUUAUAGCCCACUGACACUAUAUUUUGUAUUCCUUUAAACAAUCUAAAUAUUUAAUAUUAUUUAAUCCGAAAGCUCACCAUUGAACCAAACCUCUUGAAUGAAUAUGCCAAUGUUUCAGGGAGUCCUGUUGUCAUGUAAAUAUGUUGUAUCAGCUGAACAUUAAAAUAUGUCUAGAACUUGUAGUGCACAUAGUGUUAAUAAACACAUUAGUAAAUAAAGCUUGCAGGCAAAUUUUAUUACAAAA